UCUGGCCAAACUCAGCCUCACCAUGGGGUUGGCAUCAUUUUUGCCAGCAGAAUUCCCGAUCCAACAUAGACCUUAUUCUUCUUUUCCAAUUAUAAGUCCGACUCGUGUCUCGAUCAAAGCUACUUUGCAAGUAUGGACGACAUCGAGCUUGAGUCACGACACAAGCUCCUCGGACCGUACGCUGCCUUGCCUAAGCAGGGGCAGAGGCACCACGCACGAGACCCUCUACCCUACGAUAGAAUGUCUUCGAGCACAUCGCGACGGCAGUAAUUACGUUAAUAUUUGUUGGGAUUCCUAUUGGUAUGUCAAUGUUGGUUCUAAUUGCCAAUGGGACCGAGGGUAUCGCGUUGGAUGCUACUUAUUGCACGAUCGGAUCUGGAUCUUCUGAGCUCUAUUCUGACGACAAUUUUUCCACGAUCUUGAAUAUCGACACAGUGUUCGGAAAAUUGUCGUUCGGCAUGGCGAAGUUUAUUGAUCUUACGUGGGAUAUUGGAUUCUCUCGUUGCGGUCAAGCAAUGUUGGCUUGGAUCGCCUACCGAGUUCAUACUGCUGCUCUUUUCCGAAUCAUGGAAACUCAAUCUGUCUCUUACGAACUGUUCAUUUCGCUGUCCCUAUCAUUGCCAUCUCUUGUAUGUUUAGGAUCUACGACGAAGUCCCUUUUCGCCAAACUCGGUUUCCGGAAUAGGCUCGCAUUAUUUUGGAUCGUGCUGAGCAUCAUUUGGGUGGCUCUUUGGCCCACCAUCACCAAUGCAAUGACCGGUUACGUCGCCGAAAGUAACACUCUGGUCAAGUUGAAGACAGGUGAAGGCUAUGUUGACAUUUCAAACAUCACUUCACCAUCCAACCUUGCCUUUCAAGUGAAUUAUCUAAACAGGACUUUGGUGUCUAUCGUACUCGAAACUGGUCCAAAUAUAACCUUGUGGAACUACUUCAAUCAGAUUUACAGAGCCGAAGACUUUUAUGAGCCUAUCUACUACCAAGAUGUGGUCGCCUAUCCCGUUUACAUUUUCCAGAACCAAUCUUACAAUCCACAAAUGUGGUUCAACAUACCCGAAAAUGUCCAGUGUGUAGCCACUGGUGUCUACCAAUGGGGGUUCUCGUCGAGUAUUGUCUUCGCAUUCACCAUCAUCAAUUUUCUCUGGUUCCUCGGGACUUACGCUGUGUGGACUCUCAUGAAUCGAAAAAGCGAGUUGUGUCGGAAGGGCAGACGAUUGGGCCAGUACAGAGCCAUGUUAGAUGUGGUAGAGUGUAUUCAAGAGGAUCUGGGAAUGAAUAUCUGUGCUUAUUCAGAGCAAGAACUGCAGGAGGAGUUGAAGAAAAAGGGCGGUAUCAAGUACUAUGUCGAGUAUGGAGGUGACGACUCGUCUCACAUUGGCAUAACUUCAGCCAAGGACAAAGACCCAUUAAGGCCGAGAUUUGGGGAGACAUAUGGGCAGCUACGAAUCAGGAAAUCACGAAAUCUUGAGACUUGAGAG